AUGUUUGACUGGAUUCGUUUUGUGUGGCUUCUCAUCGUGGUUUUUCUCUUCAAAUCCAAACAACACUUGCUCCUAACUCGAGAUGAUUUGUUGAAGCAAGAACACUUUCCUACAUCAAGCAGGAAAAAGAAAGAUGACGAUCAUGAUAUUUCGCAACAACAACAUUCACAACACCAUCACGCUCCCGAUGUCUAUCAUAGCAUUAUUCCCACCUCGAAACACAUUACUCACUAUUUAGUAACACCUUUGGAUGUGGAUUGGAAUUUACAUUUAAAUAAUGCUCAAUAUCUUACGGCGUUAGAAUUUGCAAGAAUUAGCUAUGGCUUUACGACUCAAAUGUGGACCCGAGCUAAAAGUGUUUUAAAGGCUAAUCCUCUGCUGAUGGGAAUCUCCUUUCAAUUUAGAAGAGAUGUUGGAAUGUUUCGGUGGCUUCGUAUUGAAUCUCAAGUCAUUUCCUAUGAUGAUCGUUUCAUGUAUUUGGAGCAGACGUGUUUUGUAGGAGGGCAACGACAAUUUGUAGGAAGAGGCUUGGCAAGGAUUGGUUUUGCAGGAAAGAAGGGUCUGUUGAAUAGCUCGGAAUGGGCUCCCAUUGUAUUGUGUGGAGAGAAUGAAAAACAAGUAUCAUCAUCAUCCAAUUCGGAACGUUCUUCUCUUGUUGCAACUCUUUCAUUGGAUCAACAAUUAGAGAAGGUUAAGAGUUAUAUUGAGAAGGACAAGCAAUCCAUGCACACGAAUGAUGAACAUGCGCAAGCGAAUAUGGCUCGUGAAGCACUGAAGAGAUUGGAGAGAGUAAAGUCGUUUGUGGAACACGAUUCGACCUUGAAGGAAUGA